AUGCCGAAUUGGAACCACAUCGCCAGCGAGAUCCACGUCAACAGAGCUCUCAGGGCACCGCACGAGUUUCGCAACAUGAACGGCGCCGUGUACUUCAGAGAUCUGGGAUUCAGCGACAACGAUCCCGCCAACAGAGUGUUGGGUUGCCCUGCGAGACUGGGCCUGAUGACCAGGGAAUGGGUGCGUUUCUCCGACAUUUUGGUGUACAGCGGACAGCCAUCCUUGGUGGCACACUCGCGCUUGGAGCAGUGGAGCGCUACCAUACAACAAAUUGAAAAUGCCACGGCUCGCGGUUCCCGGGGUGCAGCCUAUUGGAGUUACGUCAAGAUGCUGGAUUAG